AUGCAGUUGCGGGGCGAGAUAUUGAGGACGACCAUUAUUAAGGGUCCCAAAGGGCUCGGCUUCACGUUGAUCGGGAAUGACGCGAGCAGUAAAGGGGAUGAAUUCAUCCAGGUGAAAUCCAUCCUUGCCGGAGGUCCAGCUGCGUCAAAUGGUGUCCUCCAGCCGGGCGACGUCCUCGUCAGGGUCAACCAGAAUUUGCUGCUUGGCGCGACACAGGCGGACGCGUGCCAGAUCUUCGUCUCAAUCCCCCAGGGCGAGCCUGUCGACCUGGAAGUGUGCCGUGGCUACCCUCUAGUAAUCGACCCAGCCAACCGUAUCGUCACCCAAUCCGUCUACGAUGGCCAUCGCAAUGACGACCUGUUCGAUAUCUCCAUCACCAAGGGCACCGAGGGGUUCGGCUUCACCAUUGCUGAUAAUGCUAAUGGCCAGCGCGUUCGGAAGAUCAUCUACCCGGCGCAGUGCCCGAAUCUGCUGGAGGGCGACGUCAUCUGCGAGCUGGACGGGCGGGACAUGGACCAGCCUUUCAACCACAUGACGGUUAAUUUGAUUCGAAAACCACAAGGUUUCGGCUUCCGAUUGUUGGGUGGGAAUGAGACCGGCACGCAGCUGACGGUUGGCCAGAUUGUCCCUGGUGGAGCUGCAGCUGAUGAUGGACGGCUGAAAGAAGGUGAUGAGAUCAUGGAAAUCGACGGUGUCAGCGUGGAGGGAGCGGCGCAUGGAGAUGCGGUUGGACUGCUCGAAAAGGCCGCGCGGCAGCAGCACGUUAAGCUGCUGGUCAGGAGGCAUCAGAUGAAUGGCAUCGACAGCGCCCGUUCCGCCUCACUUCCCCCUUCCAUGAGCCCACAUGCCGGAAAUAUUGCCCAGGAGUACGACGUAGUACUCGAACGACAAGAAACCGAGGGCUUCGGCUUUGUAAUCCUGUCAAAUAUGGUGCGAAGAGCCUCCAACAUUGGCGAGCUGAUCCCCGGUUCGCCGGCAGCGCGCUGUGGUCGUCUACGGGUGGGCGAUCGGGUGCUGCGAGUUAAUGGGAAUGACAUUGCUGGGCUGCCGCAUGCGGAUAUCGUCAACCUGAUCAAGAACGCCGGCCUAACCGUCCGCCUUACCGUAUGCCAAGACACGGGCCCGGCGAUGCCGAAAGGCGCCGCGGGACCCACCUAUGCCCCCAGCUACUCGCACCCCACGCCCGUAUACGGUGGCUACAGCACUAUACAACAGACACCAUCACACUCAACCCUUCCCCCUCCAAUCCACUCCGCCAUGCGCAGUAAUGGGUAUUCACCAUACGACGCUGCCCCUCCCGGCCACCAGGAGGACGACCUGAUGGUGGAGCUGGAACGAGGGACGCGGGGCUUCGGCUUUUCGAUUCGAGGAGGCCACGAGUUUGGCAAGAUGCCGCUUUUCGUGCUGCGGAUCGCUGAGGACGGCGCGGCAGCUGCGGAUGGACGUCUUCGUGUCGGCGACCACUUGGUGGAGAUCAACGGCACCGAUACACGUGGUCUCUCCCAUGAAGAAGCCAUCAACCUCAUCAAGCAGCACCCAACUGUACGGCUACGCAUCGCCCGCCAUCGACUACCCACGCAU